GUGGCGCGGUGCGGGGGCGGCCCGGGCGGAGCGGAGCGGAGCGGGGCCAUGGGGGCGGCGGCGCGGCCGCAGUGAGCGCGGCGGGAGCGCGGCGGGGCCGAUGGCGUUCAGCGCCUGGCAGAUCCUCUCGCCGGUGCAGUGGGCCCGCUGGACGUGGUCGGCGGUGCGGGGCGGGGGCAGCCCCGAGGAGGGGGACGGCGGGGCCGGUGCUGCCGAGGAGGAUGAGGAGGAGGAGGACCAGGACCCGCCGGCGGGGGGCCCGGCCCUCGGCUUCAGCUCGGACUCCACUGAUAAUUUUGAGACCCCUGAAGCAGAAACACCAACCUGCUCGCCACUCAAGGAGUUCUGCGAGCCACCAGGAUCACCAGAGUCUGAGGCUGGGACCCAAGAGCCAGGUGGCCAUGGUGACCUGCUGGUAGGGGAAGCCCACUGGGACAGCUCGCCUGGGAAGCACCCCAAAGAUGAGGCUCAACCAGAGAUUGGAGCCCCUAAAGCCAGUUUGGAUGCUAAAGGGGAAGCUGACCCUGACAACUCGGCCCUGAUGCAGCCCUUGGCCAGGCUGGGCUGCAAGGCUGACCCUGGCCACGCUGCUGUGCCCACUGUGCAGCCAGCCCCUGUGCCCCAUGUGGGCACAGCCACCGGGGAGCAGGUCAUGCCAGGAGGGGACACGGUGGACACUGGCACGGGGCUGGUGGAGCUGAGGGCUGAUGCCCUGGCCCAGGAGCAGCUCGGGAAAGGGAAAACACCUUCACUGGGGAGGAGAACAGAUGAAACCACAGAGGAGACCCAAGCAUCCUACCCUGAGCAGCCUGGCAGGAGCGUGAACCCCCUUGUGGCAGAGGCCUGCCAGCUGCAGAGCUCUGCCCCUGCAGCCCCACAGCGCCUUCCCCAUCCUGGGGAUCUGGGGGGGGACCCGGCUCUGGAGGCCCCAGGGCAGGUCCCGAAACCUGGGGCUGAUUUUACAGAGGCUAGAGAGAAUGUGGAGGCCAAGCCAGCGUCCCCCAGGAGGGGCAGCAGGAUCCCAGCCAGCAAGCUGACACCGAAGAGACACAGAGAGUCCCCCAAGAAACUCGCUGAGGAUGUGGAGAGGGGUCCCACAGAGCCACCACCACCUCGGGGCUCGUCCCAGCUGGGUCCCUCGUGCUGGGACAGCCCCGGGCUCAACUCUGUCAGUGGCAGCUCAGCACUGCAGAAUUCUCCGGUUCUCCCCAAGGGCUCUUACCAGUUUGACCCCAGUAACUUUGACUCCACGGAUCCGUUCAAGCCCACCAAGACCCUUCCCAGCACCGACACUGACUCCUGCUCCACUGCAGACAACAGCCUCAAUGAAAUCCUCGAGUCCCAGAGCCUGGAGAUGCAGGAUGAUGCCCUGAGAGGCAGAGACUCCCCCAAGAAGCCCAAGUCACGACUGAUAACGAGCGGCUGCAAGGUGAAGCAGCACGAGGCGCAGCCCCUGGCCCUGGACAGCAGCACUCAGGAUGAAGGAGUGUUGAUCUCAGAAAUCCCAGACAUCACAAAUCGGGAUGGACGUGCCACUGAUGAGGAGAAGUUGGCCUCCACCACCUCCAUGCAGAAACCAGCCGGGCUGGAGAAGAAGGCCGAGCCAGAAGAUGACCUGGAGUACUUUGAGUGCUCGAACAUGCCCGUGUCAGCAGCAAAGCACAGGCCAGAGGCAGGUUUUGAAAAGGAGAUCUGCAAGCAGAUGGAAAAGGGAGGGCCUGGCAUCUUCCCUGACAAUCCCGGGCUGUGCUCCAUGGACAAGUGCCCCAGCGUGAGCAGGAGCGAGAGUCCCCUGGCUGGCAUCUGCCUCAGCGAGCCCGAGAAGGCGGCGGUGCUGACGCUCAUCCGAGAGGAGAUAAUCACCAAGGAGAUCGAGGCCAAUGAGUGGAAGAAGAAAUUCGAGGAGAGCCGGCAGGAAGUGCUGGAGAUGAGGAAAAUCGUGGCCGAGUAUGAAAAGACCAUUGCCCAGAUGAUAGAGGAUGAGCAGAGGACAAACAUGACAUCUCAGAAGAACCUGCAGCAGCUCACGAUGGAAAAGGACCAAGCUCUGGCAGACCUGAACUCGGUGGAGAGGUCCCUGUCAGAUCUGUUCAGGAGAUAUGAAAACCUGAAGGGUGUCCUGGAAGGAUUUAAGAAGAAUGAAGAAGCUCUGAAGAAAUGUGCUCAAGAUUAUCUAACCCGUGUCAAACAAGAAGAGCAGCGGUAUCAGGCCCUGAAAGUCCACGCAGAAGAAAAAUUAGACAAGGCCAACGAGGAGAUCGCCCAGGUGCGCACCAAGGCCAAGGCGGAGAGCGCGGCGCUGCACGCGGGGCUGCGCAAGGAGCAGAUGAAGGUGGAGUCCCUGGAGAGGACCCUGCAGCAGAAGAACCAGGAGAUUGAGGAGCUGACCAAGAUCUGCGACGAGCUGAUAGCGAAACUGGGAAAGUCAGACUGAGCCUCAGCGCCCCUCGCCCAGCGCUCUGCACUUGGCUGCUUUUCUCGUGACGUUGAGCACCUUGCCUUACCCCAGAGUCCCUGCAGAAAAGCUCACGUGUCCAGCUGCCCCUGCUCGGGCCUGUGGCCCCUGAGCAGAGCUGCUCCCUCCCUCUCCUGUCUGCUUCCCACAGCUCCGGGGCUGAGAUCCCUGCAGCCAGGCUGGGAAUCCUGUACUCAGCCCAGGCCUGUGUGCCCCUCCCAGGGCCUGCCACACUGUCCCUGUGCACCAGUGCCACCUCUCAGGUGGGAGGUGACACCCUGGGCUCUGUCCCCCUCUGUUGGGCUGGGUCUCUUUGUGUCCCCACUCUCUGUCACUUGCUGUCCUCACGUGCUCAGCGGAACAGGUCCAGCCACGUGCUGGGUCCUGCCCUGGGAUGUGGGUGAUGGCAGGGCUGGACCUGCUGGCCCUUGCACUGGGGAGGGGGCCCUGGCACCCCUGAAUUUUCACAAUUUCAGGGGUGAAGCACAGCACAGCAUCCCCCUGUCCCUGGCUGUGCCAGCCUCAGAGGAAGGGAGCUGACAUCUCUGCAUUCGUGCACUUUAUGAGCAUUUAUGGGCACCUGGGCUCUCUGCUCACUCCUUCCAGUCAGGCACGGUGCUGAUACAAGGCAUGACUUGUUGCCCCCAGAGCACUGAAACAGUCACAUAACCUGCAGUAACUUCAGUCCUCUCAGGGGAGAGUCCAGGGCAGGGGAGGCAGGAGUUUUCUGCACCAAGAGGUGUUUGAGUAGCUGGGGAGGUGUUGGUUCUGGAGAGCUGGGGCUGCCCACCCGUGCUCCCUUUGGCCCCCCUGCCUGUGGCCCUGGCCCCUGCAGUGCCUGGGUGGCCUGGUCUGGGCAGUGCAAAGCCAGGGCUGGUGCUGUUGAGUCCCUGUGCCAGGGUGAGAUCAGAGCCCCAUUUCAGAGGCUGCAGGGGGAAGGAAGUGAACCCUGAGCUGCUUCAUGGGUACUGCAGUAGCUGCAGUGAUGGAGGGUUCUCUGCCUGGAAUGGAUAGGUGUGAAAUAAGAGAAAUAUUUGCAGUUUGGACUGUUUCCUGCCCAGCCUGUUGAACACUUUCACAAACCUUUUUGCUGCUACUCUUUUUGUAACACAAUUGAGCUCUUUUCCUUCUAUUUUCUAAUUCCCUGUGUUGAGCGUGUAGAGCAAACACCUGUUUAAGCCAGAGCCAUACACUUGAUUAUAUUUUAUUAGUUAUAUAAUAUAUAGAGAGUUUAUUCUACACUUAAGCAAGGGUGUCAGCAGCCUGCCCCAGCACACAGCUUCCCAGCCUGUUCUCCACGCCCCCAGUUAUCCCAGUGACAGACUGGUCACGGAAGCCAGUGGCUGACACCACUCAAAGCAGUGCACCUGAUGCUUGUGCUGGAUAUUCACCCUUUGCACAGCUGACAGAAAAGAAAACCCCUUUUCCCCCCUCUCUUUUUAACCCCUUUGACCUCCCCACAUGUCCCCUUCUUGGGCUGGUGAAAAAUCUUCAAUCAUAUGACCCGCAAGGACAGUUUCUGUUCCCCUUUGGGAGUCUGUGCAGGUAAAGCAAACCCCUGAGACCCAGAGAUUCUUGGGCAGUUGGCUUUUCCUCUUGAGGAAGCAGAGUGCAGCAUUGCAUAACCUCUCAGAGCUGGUGACAGGCAGGUUCAGGGCUGGUUUCUGGUUUGGGGCCCUGGGGCACUGCCGUGCCCGCAGCACCCGCGGUGCCCGUGUGAGGCUGGUGGAGCCCAGGCGUGGGGGCAGCUCCCAGGCGGGGGCUGUGGCAGCCCUCAGCCUUCUGCUUUGCUCAGGGCCGUGAUGCUCGUGUGCUGCCUUGGCUCAAGGGGAGACAGUGUGAGGUCAGUCUCUCCUUGGCCCUUGGAGCUGAUGGAUAAUUGCAGAAGUUUAGAUUUCAGCACUUCCCCAGACCCCUGACCUGCACACAGCAGUCACUGCUGCAGCUUUCCCCUGUGGGCUGUCUGCCAAGCUCCACUGUGAGAACCCACGGGGCACAGUCCCCCACCCUCCUGUCCCUGCCCCGCGUCCCCGGUGCUGUCGCGUUCCUGUGCCUGUCCGCAUGCACCCCAGUCUGGGCAAAGAAGAUUCCUACGGAAUGAUUUAUUAACUAUAAUAUGGUUAUAGCUACAUAUAUAUAAAUACACAUAGAGUGGGUACAGUUAUAUCAAGUAGAAGGCGUGUUUGCCAACGGGCAGGGUGUUUGCACCUCGUGUGCCGCACUCGGACGUGCCAAGGUGAGGGUGUCCCUGUGCCUGGCACAGGGAAUGGCAGGUCCCUGUGCACGGUGUCACAGCUGGGUGUGUGUCGCCUGUUCCUUGCAGUAGACUUUAAAUGCCCUUUCUGGCAGCAGCAGGCCCUGUCCCUGCUGCUGGCUUGCUGUUUGCAGUGUGUGUUUGCCAGCAGAUCUGUCUGUAACCAAGUGCCAACCAGUAACCCCCAACUCCUGAUCUCUUCCCCCGUCCCUCCAGUGUGGCCUCCCCCAGGUAGGAACUUCCUCUGCAUUGACUCCUACCCCUCUGCUUCCAGCCAUGUGUGUAACUGCCAUCGCCAUCAGUUUUAUAUGUAUGAUAAUUUCCCUUUUAUAUGUCAGGUAAAUAUUUGUAAGAGUUAUACUCACACAAAUGAGAUUAUUAUAAUGAUUACUAAUAUAUUUUUUCCAUGUUUCAUUGCCUGAGUAAAAACUGUGUUUAUCACUCUUGAAAGCUUUCUUGGUGUUUGUGAAGUUGGUGAAGAGUUUUUGGAGGAGUUUGCUUUACCUUCCAGAACGGGUCAUGUUAUGCCUUGUCUUUAUUAAUGUGGUUUACAUGGCAGUUGGUUUCAAAUAAGUACAGUUAUCAUCUGUUCCUGAAA